CGACAGUCUUCAUGUGAUUCCGAGACGCCGGCGGGAUCGGCACUCGCCGCGGUUUCACCUGCUACCUCAACGUCGCUCUCUCCGACAACCAAAAUCGAUGCCUUGCUCGACGACAAAACACAGAGCGUCGACAAACUCCUCUCCGCUCGGAAAACUUCCGCACUCUUAAUCAUGAGUAUUUUCGCUGAUUCAACCUGUGCUUGGGAGAGGUGGUCGCAUGGAAAAGUCAGGGCACCGGGUGCUUUCAGUCUUCUUUAAUGUAGAAGCCUCCGUUGUCUGAAAGCUGUGGCUAAUUGUGCUGACCUUCCUCUCUAGGCGACCGAGCCUUUUGGAGAUUCAGAAAAUGUUAGCCAUGGCCACAUUGGAUGGUACUCGCAUAAUUGGAAUCUGGGGAAAGGGAAAGAUGAUAUCCAGAGAUCAAGGAACAUCAUAUUGAAAG